UUCAGAAGACUGAGAAACGAAAUUGUCAAUGAAUCAUAUUUAUUCUUCAUGGAAGAGUGGGUUGUGAACGCUGAUGGCUGCUCGCCACCUUCUUGGUCUGGUAACCUUAUGCUGAAAGUUUCUUACCAAGGAGAACCAGGUUCAUACUCUGAAAGUGCAGCACUGGAAUUUUUCGGAAGAAACGUCGCCUUGCUUCCUUGUGCGUCUUUUGAAAGUGCUUUUGAUGCGGUUGAAAAUGGCUACGCAGAUAGAGCUGUGAUUCCAAUAGAAAAUUCUUUGGCAGGAACCAUUCAUAAAAAUUAUGACUUGUUGUUGCAACAUGAGAAACUAAACAUUGUUGGUGAGAUUGAUUUGCGUAUUCGUCAUUGUUUGAUAGGUCUAGAAGGAGUCGAACUUCAAGAUGUAAAACGUGUUCUUAGUCAUCCGAUGGCACUGGCACAGUGUAAUAGAUAUUUAGAAGAGCAUAAUUUUAUCCGUGAAGUUACAUACGACACUGCUGGCAGUGCCAAAAUUUUACGGGAAAAGAAUCUUAGGGAUGCUGCAGCAGUUGCUAGUGAACGUGCAGCCGAGCUAUAUGCACUCAAUAUCUUGGCAGCAGAUAUCGAAGACGAGCCUGAAAACUACACUCGGUUUCUGGUUCUUUCGAAGCAAGCGUAUUUGCCACCUUCAGACAGUCAAAGCAAGACUUCCAUUGCGUUCUCUUUGAAAAAUACUGCUGGUGCAUUAUUCAAGGCCUUGUCGGUAUUUGCUUUGCGAGACAUUGACUUGACAAAAAUGGAAAGUCGUCAUCUGUAUACUUUAGGUGAUGACAAGGUACCUGAGACUCUGAAAUCCGCUCGAAGAUGGAAGUACCUUUUUUAUCUCGACUUUGCAGCCAGUCUUGCUGAUGAGUCAGCCAAAAAUGCCCUUCGGCAUUUGAGCGAAAUAGCUCCCUUUAUUCGAGUUCUUGGAAGUUAUCGACGCGCAGUGACAAGUUAAGCGGUUUGUAACGACGACGAUGCCUCAUUUCUUAUAGUCAAGUUUGCAAUUUGCUCUUUAAUCUGUCGUUAUCGCUAUUGCCCUUACUAAAAAUCAAUCAUCUUUGUGAAAUCUUUCUUUCA